CACUUCUUUGCCAUUACAGGUGUAAGAAAUUAUUGCUUUAAAUAUUAUACUUAUGCAAAAUGAUCUCCGGGCUUUGUUCCAGGGACAAUUUUUAGGUCCUUUAUCUGAGAAAUCCAUUUAAAUUUUCUUUAAUGUUCCCUGAUAAAAAAAAUUGAUUAAUUUUUACUUGAAUUUCUUCGUCAUUUUCAUCAAUUUGAAGAACUUUGCGGAAGAAUUCUUGAUUUAGAAAUUCAGGAGCUAAUAAUUCAUCCUUGUUGUAUUCAGGAGAAGAACUUGUACUUGUCGCACUUUCCAUUUCCUUACAAAACACUGAGAUUCUUUAAAAGAAAAAAAAACGUUCGUUUCUUCUCUGCAGACAAAAAUUAACUAAUGCUAUACACGUGCUGGCAUUUUAUCUUAUUCUUUGAGAAAUAUUUACCAAAGAUAAAAAAGUAAAGAUACGUUUUUUUUACAAUUAAGAGUUUGUAAUCAAAUUGUACGCACAGUCAAUAAGCUUAUAUAAUGUUAUAAAUUGUUCAUAAUCUUCCUUAUCAAAUUUUCCACGUGUCGUUUAUAAGAAAAAAUAAAAACAAAAUUUUAGGAUAGCCUAAUGUGGAAUUGUCAUACUACGUAUGCUCCAUGAAGCAUAUUCUUAUGAAGUAUACGACGUUGGACAGAAAAUCCUAUUUCGAGUUGUUCAACUUAUUGUAUCUCAUUUGCAUGAAAGCCUAAAAUUCAAUAAACUCCAAUGGAAUAGGCGUAAUGUGCAUAUGCUCCAUGAAGCAUAUCUUGCUAUCUAUAGCAUAUAAUGAUGUUCAGAAAAUGUCUGCAAUAAAAUUCUUACUUGAGUUGUUUAACUUUUUGCUUCUCAUUUAAUGAGAGCAAAAGUUAAAUAAAUUACCAAGAAAGCUUUUCUAAUGAAAUUUCCACAAGUUUGCUCUAUGAAGCAUACACAUGAAGCACGAAUAAUCCGUGCAAUAAAGUUCUAACUCAGAUUACUUGAUCUAUUGCUUCACAUUUACAGAAGAGCAAAACUUUAAUAUUUCAGCUUCAUGAAGCAUACCCUUAUACAGCAUAUAACGUAGAGCACAGAACAUCCGUGUAAAAUGAUCUUAAGUCGAAUUUUUCGAGCUAUUGCUUUAUGUUAGAACCAAGCUAAUAUAAAAUUUUCUCUAUAAAAUAAAUUAUGAAAUUAUGUCAUUUAUGAACAAAUCAAUCAUGCAAAAGCUGCAAGAGUCAAUUCUGAUAUUAAAUCUAUUUGCAGGGAAACAAAUUUUAUUUAUUUUUUUGGUAACAACAAUAUAUUUUCUUUGCACAAAUUUGAUUUGUGGUUGUGAUAAAUUUAUUUAGAAAGCAAAGCAUGAUUUUUUGAACUAUCUCGCUAUUGAAAUUUAAAUCGAAUAAAUCCAAUAAAGGAGGUCUAAAUCCAAAUAAAUAAAUAAGACAACAUCUCAAUAUUGUGACAACAAUGGGGAGGAAAUUUGUGGGGAUGGGGCAGGUUGGUAAGGAGAAUUGAUGGUUGCGCAGCUCCUCAAGAUAAAUUCAAAAAUAAUACCGGCAAUUUUGGAAGGGAGUCCGGAGUUAUGCUCUUUGUCCUGUGAGCAGGGAUGUUAUUUUUAGGGGCGCGGGCGGGGGAGUUGCUUUGCGUGAAACCAGAAGCGACACAAUCAACUUUUCUGUGUGACUUUCUCGCACCCCCGCGGGUGGAGGGACAAUCAAUUUUGUAUGUCACUCCCUUUUUCAAAUACACAGCUAAAUUGCAACCCCUUUUUGCUUCCUCCGCGCGAUAAGACACCCACGGGAGCCUUCCUGUGCGCGCGUAUAUGGUGCUGUCUUGGAAGGAGAGCCAUUCUGUGUGUGGGGGCCACACCGAAGGGGCGCUCUGUGGUUGGGGGUGGUUUUUGUAUGAGUUGCCUGGUGAUGUGGUGAAUUUUGUUUAUUCGAUACCCCCUCGCGCCGAAACCACCCCCCGUUAUCCCCAUGACUAUGCUCUCAUAUAUAGUUGGUCAGGAGCACGAGCGAAAUAGUUUUACACAGAAAUCGCGGUACAGUGGACGCGCGAUGGAGGAGCUCCGCGAUGCCAGCAUACAUCACACUGCCCUCAAGCUCUCCAGCGACAUCAAGACAAUGAAAAUCUACGAGAAUCUGUACAAGAUGGUGCAGAAGCUGGCGUGUUCACCGGAAGUGGAUAAGAAUGACAUGCGGACAACCCUCGAGACGGCAAUUAAGAGCACGGGAUUGGACACAGAGAUACGGAAUCUCAUCUACCACCUCAUAAGGACAUCAAUUAGGGCUGAUGUGCGCUCAACGGCAACUUCAUCGCAUGAUCCGCUGAAUUAUCUGCGAAGAGCUGGAAUUCAGUGGGAGAGACGCGUCAAGAGGAGUCUCACGGCAAUGUGUGCCGAACUAAAGGUACCACUCCAGGGGCAAACUCGCAUCCUGGCUGAUCGGGAGGAAUUAGCAUCAAAAUGGGAGGAGCUCAGUAACUACCAGGUGGAUCUCUCAAAUUACCGCCCUGUUUAUGCCCCAAAAGAUCUCUUGGAAGUCCUUCUGUCCCUCAAGGGACCCUCAAAGCACGAAGAAGACGAAUUCCUUCCUCGCUGGGAAUUCUCACACAUCGCCCUGCCCGUGAAGAAUCUCUUUGAGCUGCGCGUCCACUUCUCCGAUCUCCUUCGUCACGAUAUUGGGGUGUCCGAAUGGACGGCUCAGUGCCACAAAGUCCUGGCACUUCGACAUGCUCCCGUGUGCCAGCAAGUCCUCCGCAAGGGAUGCACCCCAGCCCCGGUCCGUGGACAACUGUGGGCAUUUGUUCUCGGUAGCCACAUCGAUACGCACCACGGAGAGCACUGGGAUCUCCUUAAGAGUACCGUCCUGACCACAGAUCUCAUUGUUGACAAGCUCGUGUUCAAGGAUGUCCAACUUACGGCAACCAAUGAUGACCAAUACUUUGUCUUUGAGGAUGUUCUGUACCAGGUGAUGCUGUGCUUCUCACGUGAUGCCGAAAUUGGGCAGCUGCUGAGCGCCGACACAAAUGCUCUAACUGCCCCCAAGAGUGGGAAGCAGUUCGAUGGACCUCCGUGUGGGAUUGUUCCUCAUCAUGGGAUUUGCAUGUUUGCAGCACCUUUUUGCUACCUCUACGAUUCCCCUGUGAAGCUCUACUUCACCUUUAGGGCAUUCUACGUGCGCUACUGCCAUCGUCUCACCACCAUCAAUACCCAUCCUCAGGGCAUCGUUAGCCUCUGUCUGCUGUACGAGAAACUCCUGCAAACGCACGAACCUCAGCUAUGGUCACAUUUCCGGGAGUUACAAAUUCAACCCAUUCGGGUGGUGUUCAAGUGGCUAAUGCGUGCCUUCAGUGGUCACCUACCACCGCAGCAGCUACUGAUCCUCUGGGAUUUGGUGCUCGGAUUCGACAGCCUUGAGAUACUCUCCCUCCUGGCUGUGAUAAUCCUCAGUUUCCGCAAGGAAUCCCUAAUGCAAGUAUCCUACAUUGAGAACAUCGAAGCAGUUCUGGCGGAUUUGUCAUCAAUUAAAGUUCUGCCCCUCAUCCAGCUGGCCCUGAGCAGGGACUAAAAGACACCUUUGUGAUUCUUUCGACUCGUUGAUUUAUUUCUAAUAACCAAUAAACAGUCUCUAAGCA